AAUUACUAUGCAAGUAGUAUUCUAAAAUCAGGUGCUGUAUAAGAUGGUAUGCAAAUGAUUACGUCGGAGAGAGACGCUCUUGUCCACUUGUCAUUUGUUUUCUCUCUUUAACACCAAACUUUACCUCUCUGCAAUUUGCAAUCUGACACACAGAGAGAGAGAGAGAGAGAGAGAGGUAUGGAAGAGGAACAAUUGGACUAUGUGCUGGUACCAUUGGGUCUAUUGGUGUUUGGAUUAUACAACGUUUGGCUUUUGUUCACUGUCCUCCGCUCUCCCAGACGAACCGUCAUUGGUAUCAAUGCUGAAACUCGCCACCAAUGGGUCUUCUCCAUGAUGAGUGACCCCUUGAAGAAUGGUGUUUUGUCAGUUCAAACAAUUCGCAACAAUAUAAUGGCAUCUACACUGUUGGCAACAACAGCAAUUACUCUCAGUUCACUGAUCAGUGUUUUUGUGAGUAGCACAUCAAAGUCUGGUGACACAUCCUCGCAAUUGUUUUAUGGCAACAAGACUUCCAUUCUAUCUUCAAUCAAGUACUUUUCUAUCUUGAUUUGCUUCCUUGUUGCCUUCCUUUGCAAUGUGCAGUCUAUUAGAUAUUAUGCCCAUGUUAGCUUCCUGGUCACUGUGCCUACAUGGAAAGACAAUAAUCCGUCCAUUGAAUAUGUUGCAAGAAACUUGAAUCGAGGAAGCCUCUUUUGGUCCCUGGGACUGCGAGCAUUCUACAUGUCAUUCCCUCUCUUCCUAUGGAUUUUUGGGCCCAUUCCCAUGUUUACUUGUUGUUGCAUCAUGACAUUUAUUCUCUAUUUCUUGGACACCACUACCAGUUUUACACGGCAUCUUCACAAUAACUCAAGCAAACAGAAUACCGAUGAUGUGGAAUCAGCUGGUCAAUCAUCGUUAACUGCUGUUGAAACUACAUAAUUCUGUUACAAGUGGUCAAAUAUAUAUUUGUUAAACUUGAAUAGAACAAUGCCAUGUAUGUGUAUAGAAUUAAGUGCCAUCCUUACUACAUUGGCAGGCAUAGUAGCAUAUGUUUUUCAGUUAUCACUUUACACUAUUAUUUUUGCUUUUCAAGAGGCAUGAUAAGAGUGACAAGUAUCAGGAGCAGCAAUUCAAAUAGCCCUGCUUGCCAGAAUGGUUUCUUUGAAGGGAUCUUUGUUUUUUUUUGCUCAGAUUGAAUUGAAGGAAUCAUGUUAUUUCAUAAAGAAAAUAUCCAGUUUGAUGACUUCCGCAGUUCCGCCUUAACUGUCCAUCAGCCCAGUUAUCUGAUUGUUGGGCUGCAUAUGUACCAAAGAACAAUCACUGCAUCUCAUUAAGCUUGGAGGUGAGAACUGCAACUAUUUUCAUUGUCAUCUAUGUAAUCAUUGCCCAAGCAUGGAUCAAACCUACAGUGCAUUUGGUUUGUGUCAGUCAAUAUGCCCAAGUGGUGCAAUUCAAUGUUUUAUUGGAAAAGAAGCACUUCUGCACUUAUUAAAUAAUUAAAAAUGUAUGGAAAUGAUUCUGAUUUGAA